AUGGAGCACAGCCACAUCUUCACCCUCCUUUCCCCCCCCAACAGCAGUGCCUGGAGCCCGGGGCAGCAGCCUCCCGACACUCCCCAGGGUUGCCCCCUCGGACCACUGCCCGUCAUCUACUACAGCGCCCUGCUCUGCCUCGGCCUGCCCGAUAACCUUCCCCCUCCCCCUCAUCCAGCCAACAUACUCACUGUCAUCAUCCUCUCCCAGCUGGUGUUACGGCGUCAGAAGUCCUCCUAUAACUACCUUCUGGCGCUCGCCGCCGCUGACAUCCUGGUCCUCCUGCUCAUCGUCUUCGUCGACUUCAUAUUGGAGGACUUCAUUUUGGGCGCGCCCCUUCCCCCCUCCCUCAACAAGGCAGUCCAGGUCCUGGAGUUCUCCUCCAUCCACACCUCCAUCUGGAUCACGGUCCCCUUGACCGUUGACCGUUAUAUUGCAGUCUGUCACCCGUUGAAGUAUCAUAGCGUUUCCUACCCGGCCCGCACACGGCGGGUCAUCAUGGGCGUCUAUAUGGGGUGUUUGGUGUCUGCGGCGCCUUACUACUGGUGGCCUGAGCUGUGGCAUGGUUUACCUGGAGGUGGUACAGGAAGUGGAGGAAGGGGGAGUAGUAGUAGUGCUGCGCAGCAUGUGCUGGUCUGGGUGCACUGUGCGACUGUCUAUCUCCUCCCCUGCUCCGUCUUCUUCUCCCUCAAUGCAAUGAUCGUCAGGAAGCUCCAGCGCCGUCGCAGCUGCUUCCGCCUGCGCGGCUACUCCACGGGCAAGACCACCGCCAUCCUACUCGCCAUCACUUCCGUGUUUGCCGUCCUCUGGGCACCACGCACCGUCGUGAUCCUUUACCACCUGUACACGGCGCCGCCGGCGUCCCCGGGUCCCGCCCGCCUUCUGCACCUCCUAACCGAUGUGGCGAACAUGCUAGCUCUCCUAAACACCGGGGUCAACUUCUUUCUCUACUGUUUCAUCAGCAAGCGUUUCCGGACCAUGGCGGCCACGGUUCUCCGGACGUUGUUCCGAUGCCGUAAGCAGCCGCCGCCGUUCUACGCUGGACACAACUUCUCUAUCACCAGUAGCCCCUGGAUCUCCCCUGCCAACUCCCACUGCAUCAAGAUGCUGGUAUACCAGUACGAUAAGAACGGCAAGCCCAUCUGCAUCUCCUCGUGAGGAGGGAAGUGUGGAGGGUUUCCCUGACGACCGACCUUGAUGAUGACCCGAUUCUGGGACUCUUUGAGCUUUUCAAAUGUCAACAGACAUUUAGAGUGGAGGGCUGGAAAGGUGGAGGAGAGGAAAGGAGAGUUAGAGGAGAGGUGAUGAGAGGUGGAGGAGAGGAGAUG